UUACUAGACCGAUCACCCCAUUGAAUAACCGGACAAUUGUUCUUUUGAAUUUCUGGGAUCAUCCAUCAACAUCAAAUCACGUGAUCUAACAAAAAUUUUGAGGUUAUUACCAAGUGAAACGUGUGUGCUCGUCCAACAAUAAACAAACAUUCCAACACAUGUGAUUAAUUAAUAUUUACUAUCUGUCAGUUUUUCAAAAAUUAUAAUAAUGUUUAUCCUCACACAAUUUAAAGAUGUUGUCAAAAUACCGCCGUGGAAGUUUAAAAUAAAGUUGAAUGAUGCAAUAUCAGCCGAAUUAAACAGAAAACUUGCGAACAAAGUGUUUUUAAAUAUUGGUGUAUGUAUUGCAUUGUACGACAUCACUAAAAUUGAAGAAUCCUUUAUUUUUCCUGGAGACGGAUCAUCGCACACUAAAGUUGUCUUUCGCUACAUUGUAUUCAGACCUUUCAUGGAAGAAAUUCUUAUUGGAAAAAUACGCAGUUGUAAUCCUGAAGGUGUUACAGUAAGUCUUGGAUUUUUUGAAGACAUCAUAAUACCUCCAAAUAAACUCCAACAUCCCUCAAGAUUCGAUCAAACCGAACAAGUUUGGGUCUGGGAAUACGACACCGGUGAUGGAGAAAAACAUGAUCUGUUUAUGGACAUCGGCGAGCCACUGAGAUUCAGGAUCGUAAGUGAAUCUUUUGUGGAAACUUUUCCUGAUGGACCUACAGCCGUCACUGAUUCUACUAAAAACACUGAUAAAAGUAUUUCACCCUAUGUUUUAAGUGGUGCGAUUGAUGAACCAGGUUUGGGAUUACUUUCUUGGUGGGAAAAUACAUAGAAUAAUUAUUUAGAGUUAUAAAGAUGGAACAUACUUUUUAUACACACAUAUAUAUUUAUAACUGAGAGUAGCAGACAACCAGCAUUUAUUUCAUUUUUAUAUAAGCAAAUUCAAUAUUAAUGAAAAUAAUGAAUUUUAAAUGCAUAUAAAAAUUAAAAUUUUUCGCGCUAUUCUGUGUUAAAAAAAUUAGUUUGAAAAGAAUCUAAAAAUUAUUAAAUGUCAGCUAAUUUCAGUAUAAUUUUUUUUUACUGUCAAAAUUACUAAAGUUCAAAAAAAGUUCCACUCGAAGUUCUAACCUGUCUAAAAUUUAGAAGU